GUAUUGCUGCCGUUGAAGAGUUGGAUUUUGUUGCAUCAGUGGUUCCCCAACUCACCCUUCUUGAGCAGGUCCGACAAAAGCGGCAGGACUCCUUGUUUGCUUCGCAUCCCCUCCCGGAAGAGACCUUGUUGGUAUCAUCCCCCGGCUAUGCCGUGCUGGAUUCAGGCUGUGGCCGAACGAUUGUUGGAAUCAACACCCUUCGUUGUUUUGAGACCCUGUGGCGACAGCGUGGGUGGGCCGUCCCUCCAUGGACGGAAGAGAUCCACCAGUUUAAGUUUGGGAAUGGUGAUAUUGAGACCUCAACCCAUUCGGUGGCCAUGCCAGUCAUUCUGGCAUCCAAGCGAGGAGUGAUCAAAGCAGCAAUCAUCAAGGGGGACGCCCCCCUGUUGUUGAGCAGAUCAGCAUUGAAAGCCUUGGGGGCAACGUUGAAUUUUGAGAAAGACUGUUUACAUGUUUUUCAACAAGUGGUGCCACUCAAGACCAACAGUGCCGGACAGUACAUUGUUCACUUGGUAGGACAGCCAGCGGACCCAGUGUUUGCUGCCUCUUUCGAUGAGGUGAUGGCUUCAGUGGAGGCUCCCGAUGUUGAACCGGAGUCCAACACUGCACCUCCGGAUUCAGCAGGCACCACAGCAUCCGUGCCUGCCGACGAGAUUGCCUGUGAACCUGAUCCUGCCGUGAAGACAUGUUUAGCAGUGCAUGCUCGGCCCAGGGGUAAAUGUUUGGUUAUGGAAGUGUUUCCCCCACCACGUUUUGCCAUCCAAGCCGAAGAAGCCGGCUUCCGUGCGCGAUCAUAUGACCUAAAGACCGGAUUCGAUUUUCGUCGUUCUCGGGACAGGAAGCUGGUGGAAGAGGAUUUGAUCACAGAUCCGCCAGAGCUUUUGGUCUUGUGUCCGCCUUGCACGGAUGAGAGCGGAUGGGUGCACCUAAACAGCACUAAGGGCGAUCGACUGGAAUACCUGAAACGUCGAGCACAAAGCCGAUCGUACAUUCGUUGGUGUUGCAAGUUGUUUCGACUUCAGACCAGGAAUGGUGGUAGAGCAAUGUUUGAACAUCCAACGGGUUCCCGGCUUUGGACAUAUCCAGAAAUGCAGAGUUUGUGUAGGGUAUUCGAAACAGUCAAGUUGCACAUGUGCAGGUAUGGAUUGCGCCUGCCAUCCAGUGAGCACUACAUUCGUAAGAGCGCCCGUCUGUUAGUUUCGCACUCCGAUAUGCAGUCUUUAGGACUUCUCUGUACAGGUGAUGCUAAGCACAGCUGUCAUGACACCGUAGCUGGUCAUGCUCCAGGGGUUGCCAAGGUCAGCGAAUAUGCUGGUCAGUAUCCUAGAGAAUUUGUUCAAGCCGUGUUAAACACUCUUGCCAAGUUCAGGGAGAAGCAUCCAGAACAUGGUGCGUCUAACACCUGUCGAGCACACCCUGCGUGUCUAGUAGAAGUGCUAGAGGAUGCUGUGCAUCCCGAUGCGUGGACUGAGAUCCUAGCCGCCGCUCAGAGUCAGGCCAAGUCCGAUCAGGAACUCACGCCAGUUUUGAUUCGCCUUCAUAAGAACUUGGGACAUCCUCCAAACCAUGACAUGGUGAGAAUCUUGAAACAUGGAGACGCAUCAGAACAAGCGCUCCGGCUGGCGAAAGAGUUUUCGUGUGACUUCUGUAAGAGCCAGGCUCCUCCCACAUCGCCGUUGCCAACCCAACCAAAUCGCGUGUCCGAGUUCAAUCAUCAGGUAGGAAUGGAUGUGAAGCACUUGAAGGGUUGGCUUCCCAAUCAAAAGAUUCGCGCCGUGAACCUGGUGGACACAGCGAGUGGGUUCCAGAGGAUGAUACCAUUCUUUGAGACCGAGACUGCCUCAGUCCUUCGGAAGCUUUUGCAUGAACAUUGGAUUGCCUGGGCUGGAGCGCCAAAGGAGUUAGUUCUCGAUCCUGCUAGAACUAAUUUAGGUGAACAAAUGAUGAAACCUGCCGAAGCAGAUGGCAUCCAUGUUCGCACAAUUGCUGCCGGAGCUCAUUGGCAACUAGGCAAGUGUGAAUCUCAUGGCGGUUGGUUCAAUCGAUUCGUGUUUGGCAGAAAUCCUCACAUCCCUCAUGACUUGUUGAAUGAGCCACAAUCCGUGAUUGCUAGCACCGCAGCCUUAACUGAUGAAGGCCUUGCUCGUGCCCAAGCGAUGAGAACCGCCGCUCGUGUUGCGCUCGUGAAGAUGCAAGAUGACAGGUCACUUCGUGUUGCCCUGUUGGCCAGACCCCGCACAAGCACUCCUUUCCAACCUGGGGACUUAGUCGCUUAUUGGAGGAACCAAAAGUGGGCGCAAGGAAAUCUCCAACAAGGGGGUCAGUGGUAUGGGGUAGCGGUGUUGCUAGGCACGGUGGGUCGAAAUCUAAUUCUAGUACAUCGUAGAAAUGUGAUUCGGUGUGCACCUGAGCAAGUCCGUCAUGCCACUAAUGAAGAGAAGUGUUUGAUUGCCACACCAGAGACAGAGUUGCUUGGGGUCAAGGACAUGAUCACUCAGGGAAACCUGAAAAGUAAGCAAUACUUAGAUCUUGUUCCUCAAUCAUAUCCACCACAAGAAGGUAAUGAUGACAUAGCCCCGGCCGAUCCAAGCCAUGCUCCAGUUGCUGCGCCCGAAUCACCCGACGUUCAAAUGCAGGCUGAUCGACCAUCAGCGAGUGUUGCACCUCCUCGCCAGGUUGAAAAUGUGUCACCGCCGGAGGAGCCACCAGAUGACAGUCUGCCACUCUCAUCAAGCAAUGGCAAUGGUCCAGCCGAAGUAGAAGCACCUUCCGAAGUAGAGAAACCUGAUAGUACAGCUCAUUCAUCGUCGGCUUCCUCAUAUGGUCCCAUUCGUAGAAGAGUGACAGGUAAAGAUGGGCCGAUGACACUGUGGCGUCCGGCUGCUCUGAACCAGGAUGAUUUUGUAGAUGUGAUGCGUGAAGUGGUCCCUCAACUGGUCGAAGAUGUAAUCAUGAGUAGAGAUAAACGACCUCGUUCUCCAGAAGCCGCUUCGUCAGAGCCGGAAGCCCAGCGUCCUCGAAUGGAGGAGGCCCUGUCAGUGCAAGAAGUGUCAUCUCUGUUGGACAUCGCAGACACCCAAUCCUGGGAAUGCCUCAUGUCAGAGUAUCUGAAGAAAAAGAUGUCCAAGGAAUUGCGUCAUAGUAACAAUCCACCCAAGCUACAACAGAAGAUCCAAAUGGGGAAACGAACGGAGUGGGAAACCAUUGUGUCCAAACCACAUGCAGUCCGGAUUCACUAUGGUAAAGCCGCUAAGAAGAUCAAAACGGAACAACCACAUCGUUUUAUCGGAAGCCGAUUCGUGUUGACUAGGAAGCCACUUGAAGAAGGGGUUGAAGUCGACCCAAACAACUGGGACACUUUCACUGUGAAGGGCAGGUGGUGUUUGCAGGGUCACCUCGACCCAGAUCUCACUGUGAAGGCUGAGAAGGGAAUGCUGCGGUCUCCUACGCUGAGUCAACUCGGCCGGAUGAGCCUCAUGCAAGUGAUUGCGUCCCAAGGUUGGGAUUUGCAGUUAGGCGACAUUCGCGGCGCGUUCCUCGAGGCCGGUCCCCUGGAAGAGUCGUUUAGGCCACUUUUCGCACACCAACCACCAGGGGGUAUCCCUGGAUUGCCAGAAGACGCAGUGAUAGAAGUAACCGGAAACGUGUACGGGCAGAACGACGCCCCUGCGGCGUGGUUCAAGGAAUUUAGUUCAUAUGUUAAGACCAUCGGUUGGCGCCAAAGUGUUCUAGAUCCCUGCCUGUUUGUUCUUCGAGAUCGUCGAUCCGAGGCACUAAUCGGUAUCAUGGGUGUGCACGUCGACGAUACAGCCGUGGGUGGAUCCGGGGCACAAUUUGAGGAAUCCAUCAAGCAAUUAAAACAUCGGUUCCCAUACCGGAAAUGGCGGAUGAAAGAAGGAGAGUUCUGUGGUGCAUGGUAUCGACAAGAGUCCUCAAAGGCCAUACACAUGACCAUGAAGGCUUUCGCAGAUAAGAUAAGACCGAUCAACAUUCCCAAAGGCAGUCCACCAGACAGACUGCUGGAUGCCUCUCAGAUCAAAGUUCUCCGAGCCGUCAACGGCAGUUUGAACUGGCUUUCCUCUCAGAGUCGUCCGGAUCUGAGUGUCCAGACGAGCUUAUCGCAACAGGCCUUUCCUCGGCCAACCAUCAGUGACUAUCGCAUGGCUAACCAGGCCAUCCGGAGAGCCAAACAGCAUGAUGAUCUAGGCAUUGUUUUUGCCCCAAUAGAUCCUAAGGAUCUCACGAUCGUUUGUCACAGUGAUGCUGCGUUUGCAAAUCGAGGUAACCACACCCAAGCAGGAUAUAUCCUAGGUUUUACAGAAAAGAAACUGCAAGAGAGCGAAGAGGCUCUCUGGUGUCCGGUUGCGUGGAGAAGUUUCAAGUUGAGUCGUGCAGUGAACAGCACUCUGGCCGCCGAAAGCCAGGCCAUGUCUGUUGCCACAGGCACUUUAGAGUGGCUGCUGCUUCUCCUGUCUGAGAUUUUGGACGGGCCAUUAGACAUUCGAACUUGCCGUGAGACCUUGAAGCGAAGACGACCCAUAGUGGUCACAGACUGUAAAAGUUUGUAUGAUCAUCUGCACUCGCCGUCGUCGCCGACCUCGAUCGAAGAUCGUCGCACUAGCAUCGAUGUAGUCAUUAUUAGAGAGAGUGCUAGGUCCAUGCAGGCAUUUGUUCGGUGGGUUCCAACCAAUCGCAUGCUGGCUGAUUCGUUAACUAAAAACGAUGGUGACCCCGUAGAUUUGCUUCGAGCAUGCAUGAAACGACAGAAAUAUCAAAUCUCCCCAGAAGAAACAGUCCUUGAGUAUCAAGCCUUGGAAAAAGAACAACGCCGACUUCGUCAAGCCGAACGUAAGGA